AUGGGCAAAUUUCACGCCCGUCUAUACAAGACCGACCGGGCGCGGGAUUUCGAUCAUGAACAGGAUCGAUAUGUGCGCAUGCGACAGAUUUAUGAGACUAUAGACCGGCAAGGUUAUCAAUGGAUCGUGGUAUUGGUUGCCGGUCUGGGUUUCUUCUUAGAUGGUUAUACUGUGAGUGACUUUUUUCUAUUUGCUACAAAUAUGGCCCUACCGAUGAUAUCUUACGUCUACUGGAGAGAUGAUACCUCCUCAAUACGAUUAACCUGCAUUAAUAUGGCAACUCUGGCCGGCACCCUCCUCGGUAUGGUGCUUUUCGGAUUUCUUGCAGACAAACAUGGGCGAAAGAAGAUGUAUGGUGUUGAGCUGGUGCUUUUGAUUACUGCGACACUGGGUGUGGUCAUGUCUUCAGAGGGUCAAAAUGGCAGUAUGAAUGUCUUCGCGUGGCUGAUUUGGUGGAGAGUCUGUGUCGGUAUCGGUGUUGGUGCGGACUACCCUCUGAGUGCCGUCAUCACCUCAGAAUUUGCCCCAACAAAACAUCGCGCCCGCAUGAUGGCUAGCGUUUUCUUUAUGCAACCUUUGGGCCAGAUUGCCGGUAAUGUCGUCUCACUGAUUGUUAUUGCAGUCAGCAGAAACAACGACAGUACCGACAUUGUUCGAAAUGUCGAUAGCAUGUGGCGAUGGGUUCUUGGGAUUGGAGUUGUGCCUGGGGCUAUUGCGACUCUCUUUCGAUUUGCGAUUCCGGAAAGUCCCCGCUAUUUAGUUGAGAUCGAUGAUGAUCCGGUUACGGCUGAAUUCGAUGCGACAACACUCUUCAGUGAGCCAGUCAGCCCUGGAUUCGACUCACAAGCUUUCGGAACUAUGACUACUAUCACUGGUGUUGGCAGUUCGAUCCAACUUCCAACGAUUUCCUCACUUGCCAGCGCUUCUAGUCAGGCCGACGACGAAGAGUUCACGAACUUACCUCCUGCGACUCUCAACUCACACUGGCGACUCGCAAAGUCCGACAUCAUUCGUUACUUCUGGAUCGAAGGGAACUGGCGUAGUCUCUUCGGUACGGCUGUCGCCUGGCUUCUGAUGGAUUUUGGAUUCUAUGGGAUCAGUCUUGCAAGUCCCCAGUUCCUGGCGAAAACUUGGGGCCAGCUCCAUAUCACUCAAUCAGAACCGUACUGGAUGACCGAUUCCCGCCAGGGCGCCAAUGUUUACGACAUGUUCUUUCAGACAUCUUUUCGUGCUCUGGUGAUUUUAAACAUCGGCAGUUUCGUCGGCGGUCUUCUUCUCAUCAUCUUCGCCCAUCGUAUCGAACGAGUUGCCUUACAAAAAUAUACCUUCCUGGGACUUUCAGUAUUGUUUAUUGCAAUGGGCAGCCUGUUCGUCAGCCUCGUCAAUAGCCCGCCCACUUUGGUUGCUCUUUACAUCAUUGGUCAGAUCCUAUUCAACUUCGGCCCCAACGCAACUACCUACAUGAUUCCAGCUGAGAUAUUUCCCACUCGUUACAGAGCAACCUGUUACGGUCUCAGUGCCGGUGCCGGCAAGCUAGGCUCCAUUCUAGUCCAGAUCUUUUCAACCUACUAUCGUUUCGGUGGGGGUCUUGGGGACACAUCCAUUCGCCACCACGGCAUCGUUCUUUUUGUUUUCAGUGCAUGCAUGAUCAUCGGUGCAGCUGUCACGCACUUUUACAUUCCUCCUCUCCAGCAGAAGAAAGGUCGAAACAUCAUGUGGGGUGGAAAGCCUUAUACCCUCGAAACUAUGGCGCUGGGCCGAAUGGGUCGCAAGAGCCGCGAGGCAGGACUUCGGAAGAGAUCAAAAAGGCAGCGUGCUAUGUCUUUCUCUGGCUGA